GCCAAGAUGGCGUUGAGAGAGCUGUCCUCGUUGGAGAAAUUUCUUGGAUUAAAAAAGCCUAAUAAAUACAGCACACAGGGAGACAGAAAGGUUCCUGUUCUCCAGAGCAACAGUGGACCUGGUCUGGUUGGACUGGUGACCAUCGCCACCCAGCUGACCCAGGAGGCGAAGAGACCUGACCUUCUGGGAAAAUCCGCAGAGGAGAGAGCCGUGGUACAACAGUGGCUGGAGUACAGAGUUGCCAGGCUAGAGUGUUGUGUAAAAGAGGACAUCAAGACCAUACUGAAGGAUCUGAAUACAUACCUAGAGGACAAAGUUUACCUGGCAGGGAAUCACAUCACCAUCGCCGACCCACUCAUGUACUAUGGCCUGCACCCCGUCAUCAUGGACUUAGCUGUAAUGGACAAGGAGAAGUACCUGAACGUGACCCGAUGGUUCGACCACAUGCAGCACUACCCCGGCGUCCGGCACCACCUGCCCCCUGUAGUGGUCUUGAGGAACAGAGUCUACACCAGCGGCCACCACUGACCUCUUCCACCCCUUUCCUCCACACACACACGCACCCCCGACCACCUCCAGCCUCUACACACGCCCCCAUCGUCCAAAGCAAAACAGGUGGGCAUCAUGGAUGGGGCCACUAUGUGGUUGAAGGGGCCGGGUGACUAUUUGGCUGCUGACUGGCUUUGUGGAGGGGGGUAUCUGAAGGCAAAUUCCAUCCUAAUCUGCUUAGCGUCCCCAACUUAAUGAUCAGGGUCUGCCUCCCCAAAGGUAGAGGAAGAAGGCAAGCUAGUACGCAAUAGUGUUCUCCAACCUGGUGCUCUUGUGUUUAGUUCCUAUGUCAUAGUGUUGUUUGUUUUUAUCAUUGGAAUCCAUGGUUUUUGUGUUAACUUAUGUUUGCAAGGAUGGCUAUAAGGCUGUUAGGAUGCCACUACACAAGGGACUGCUAGGAAUAACAAUGGCUAUUAGAUGUAUUAAGGUUUGUCUACAUUUGAGCCAGAUGUGAAAAGAGGAAAACUGGUCCACAAUGGGAUCAAAUUGCCUCUUGUUUUUUUUUCUCCUUUGUUCAUCUUCCAAGUCAAAUUUGACAGUUUGGCUUUCUCUGUUACAACUGAACAGCCAGGCAAUCUUGGCCACACACACACACGCCAUGACACACAUAUCCCACUACAUCUGCAUCUAUGAAGCCUCAUACAUUUCAGCCUCUCUCAUGCCUUUACCCCACUCCCUAUCUGUCUCCAUUUCAGUCCCCCAUCUUUCUUUCUCUCACUCACCCACUCUUCUCCCUCUCUCUCUCUCUCUCUCUCUCUCUCUCUCUCUGUCUCUCUCUCUCUCUCUCGCUCUCUCUCUCGUCUCCCACCACUCGUGUGGGCAGUAGCCUGUAGUUCAGAUCAGUCGCUUCGGCUCGACUUGGCCUGUGUUUAUGCUGAGGGCCAGAGGCCAGCCUGCAGCACCAGCUGUGGUUGAGGAACAAACGAGAGACAGAGCGAGGGAGAGAUGGAGCAGAUAGCUAUUGCUGCUGCAGUUGCUACAGUACAUCCACUGGGUUGCUGCGGGUAACGUCCACGCAUCGUGUGUCAUUUCAUUUUACCCACGUCCCCCCUGGCCGCACCGUGGGCUGGGAAAUCCACCAGUGACACAACAACAAGCCCUGGCGCAGACGCGCUUUCCUCUCUCUGAAAACAAUGGCCUCGCUCGGCUGCAAGGUUUUUUUUUUUUUGUUCAGUGUCGGAAAGGCUGCGAGCGUCUGCUCCCGAUGGCUGAGCUGAACUUCGCUUGAAAUGCUCUGGAGUUCAUAAGGCCAGCUGUCGUGCAGAUAACCAGUGCAAUCCAUUCUUUAGGCUAGACAAUGUGAAAUGAGCAACCAGGGCUCCAGCCAUGAAGUCAUGAAUAAUGUAACAAUGUUUCACUUGUUUGUGAUCUAUAUUUUUGGUAUGGGUUAGACAUAUUCCUUGUUGCAAUAUGAAGCCGUGGUACACUGCAGUACAGCUAGCGUUGUCAUUGUGUAGGAUUGUAGGCUACAUGCCUUUCGUGCAGCACAUGGCCAAUAAGGUUCUGAGUCGGUCUGUCCCCUUUCGUUUGCAGUGGAAAAUCCUUGUGUAAUGAAAGUUGGUCAUAUUGCAUAUUUGCCUAUCUGCAAUGCAUUACGCUGAUAAAAACUCUUCUCUGCCUCCUCUGAUCUUUUAUUGUGUUUCCCCUACCCCUUAAGCCUUCUUUAUGAAAUGUCUGCUGCUUUAAAGCUGAGGUUUGUGUGAUUUAACGUCAACAGAACUUGUCGUCCUGUGCCAAUGAAUAAAAAGGGAAAACACAAAGCCAUUAAGUGCA